CGUUUCUCAGGCUGUCUGACCCUGCUAACCGCGGCAGUCCGUCGGUCCUCCGGUGGCAGGCGGCGCUAGCUUGACUGGAUCAGAGUUGGUGGGGUCAGAGGUUGUCCCGCCGCUGCAGUCCGACUGUCGGCAUGUCAGGGACAGCUAAAUGGGCAGCCGAAGGACAGUUCUGAAUAUAAAAAGUUCCCUAUAUUUGCACUAACCGGACGCCGCCGCUUGUCGGAACGGGUUCUCCUCUUGACUGCUGCUGCCCAUCGCCCGCUGAAGCGUGAUGCAUCCCGGGCGGUGCACCGCGAGCUUCGGCCCGGACAGACGCCGGGCAGAUUUAGCCCCCCGGGGCACGAUGAACACCGGCCUACUGCAGGGCCUCCUCCAGAGCUCCGGGCCUCGUUUCUUCUGCUUUCUGCUCCCCAGGGUCUAUGCAGCUGACGAGGCUGCUGCCCGGGCCCCACAGAUGUUGUCCUCCUCUACCAGUCCCGCUCCUUCACCCCUGUCUCUGUCCAGCACCCUGCCAAGGAACAUAGGCAAGCCAGAAUUUCCAGACACAGGAUGGGAGCGCAUCAAGGACUUGUUUGAUAGAGAUGAAAUGCAGAAAUACCCAGAGGAACUCACCAAUGUGAUGAAAUGCGGCGUUACGGGCGCAUUCGUAGGGUUUGUCUACGGGGGCAUGCCAGCUGCACGCUCGGCUAGGCUGAGAUACAUCCAAGUCAGCCAGGCGGAAGUGUACACGAAUCGCGUGGAAGCUGUGCGCUCGGCUCACAAUGCCGCCAUACGGGGUUUUGUGCGAUACGGAUGGAGAUGGAGCUGGAGAGUGUCUUUGAUAGUUACACUGUUCAGCUCCGUCAACACGGGGCUGUCUGUGUACAGGGACAAAGACGCCCUGAGCAAUCACAUCGCAGCCGGAGCUGUGACUGUAGGGCUUUUCAGACUGAAUCUGGGCCUGAGAGGACUGGUGGCGGGCUCGGUCAUUGGAGCAGUCCUGGGGAUUCCUGUAGGGGGUUUGGUCAUCGGUUUGCAGUCCCUGACAGGCGAGAGCUUUCGAGAGAGAAGGAGGAGAGAGCGCCGAGAGCUGUACGAGCUCAAGCUUGCAGAAUGGACGGCACGUCUGCAGAUGACUGAUGAAUUGAUUGACAACCUGAAUGUUGGUUCUCGGGCAGAAGAAACCCAAAAAGACAUGCAGAGGAUCCAGGAACUGCUGAGUUUACCAAAGAAUAAGGAGGGCGACAAAGACUGAGGCAGCCAGUGAGAGUAGCUGCCGUUUUUCCUCCACUGUGCUGGACAUGACGGCGGGACUAGCAGUAGCCCCGCUUUGCCUGGACUCCUGGUCUGUCUGAACAGAAAGCCGCCGACGCCAAGAUUUCUGUUGGUGAUGUAGACCAUCAAAACACUUUAAGAAGCUAAUCCUGUUGCUUUUAAAUUAUUCAAAUCUGUAUAAUGUGUGAAUAUAAUAUUAAAUCUACAAAAUGGUAAAUAUUAUGUUUUUGCUUUCUCAAAGUUCCUGUUCUGGAUUGUUAAUGUUUGUACACCGAGUUUGUUUUUUUUGUUGAUAUAUUUUGAGUGGGGAAAAUUAGUGGUGCAGUUCAUUUUAGGGUGUUGGAGGCUUUCACUGUAAUACAUGAAAUUCUUCAGUUGCUCUCAGGACUUUGUGUUGCGCAUUCAAAUCAGUGGUCCAUGCACAGACAUGUGUUCUCUUCUAAAUUGGCGUCUCCGGUUGGGAAACAGCUUUAUUUUUUUCUUUUUUUACUCGGCACAAAUAUGUCUGCCACUUUCAAUUUGAUGCUGACUCUGCCUCUCAGGCUUGUCAGCAACUAGGUCAAACAGCUUUGGCCCCUGGUGAAAAAAGGAGAUGUGGCUAAACAGCUGGAGCCUGGGAUGCAGCCACGACUGCUCAUAUGCAGAGGGGCCUGUACACAAGGAGUCCUCAGUGAUGGCAACUUGAGGUAAACACGUUGUUUAAAAAAAAAAAAAAGUAGUCGUUUUCACAGAAACUUGCACUAUAUAACAAAGUUGGUUUUGGCACAAAUUUAAGAGUAUUUAAGUUUUAAUGUUGGCAAGACACUGUAGAUAUUCAAGACGACAGCUCAUCUCUGCACCAACGAGAUGCAGUGUUCAAGAUGUUACUCUAUUUGAUUGUUAUUUUUCUGAUGUACUGUAAUUGUGAGAUUUGAUUAAAUCCCUCGCUUGUAAGA